GCUCUCUACUCUUCCUCUUUGAGUCCUGGCUGAGCCCAACAGUUUCUAGAGCCGGGUUGGUUCAGAGAGGUGGUUCUCCUUUCUGCCAGCUGAGAUGUCGGGUGGCUGCCGUGUGACUCCCCCUCCCCCUGUGAGUGAUCCACAUUCUCAGGACUGACAGUCCCUAGCAGCUCCUGAGGGGGGCUGAGAGCAAAGAUCUCCCUUUAGGAUGCACCCCACAUGCUGCAGCCCCGGAAUUCUCAGGAAUGAAACAGAAGAAUUAGUGUAAACUCGGCAAGCCGCCUGCUGGAAAUCUUCACCCCAAGCCACACGAGUGUCUUGGAUUUCUCCUGAUCAUUGCCAGCAAAGGAAUUUUCUUAAAGUUCCUGACCAUCCCUUGACUGAAGAAGAUGGCUUCCAUGCUCCUCAGUCGACAGCUGACCUGUGCAGUCCAGCAAAAUUGCCGGUUGUUUUUAUCUGGAUGCAGGUCUAUCAGCCAAGCUGCAGCCAAAAUUGAUGUUGACUUUGAUUAUGAUGGACCUCUGAUGAAGACUGAAGUCCCUGGACCUAGAUCCAGAGAAUUAAUGAAGCAGUUGAAUGGAAUUCAGAAUGCAGAAUCUGUUCAUUUCUUCUGCAACUACAAUGAAAGUCGAGGAAACUAUCUGGUGGAUGUGGAUGGCAACCGGAUGUUAGAUCUUUAUUCUCAAAUUUCCUCCCUUCCUUUAGGUUACAGCCACCCAGCUUUGGUAAAGCUUCUCCAGCAGCCCCAAAAUGUGGGUACAUUCAUCAAUAGACCUGCUCUUGGAGUAUUUCCUCCAGAUAAUUUUCCUGAAAAGCUAAAGGAGUCCUUACUUUCAGUGGCCCCAAAAGGUCUCUCCCAGAUUGUCACAAUGUCCUGUGGUUCCUGCUCUAAUGAAAAUGCCUUCAAAACCAUAUUCAUGUGGUACAGGAACAAGGAGAGGGGUCACACUGGUGUCACAAAAGAGGAGCUAGAAACAUGUAUGAUUAAUCAGUAUCCAGGUUGCCCGGACUACAGUAUCCUCUCUUUCAUGGGUGCAUUUCAUGGGAGAACAAUGGGUUGCCUAGCUACCACUCACUCCAAAGCCAUUCACAAGCUAGACAUCCCUUCCUUUGACUGGCCCAUUGCUCCAUUUCCCCGGCUAAAGUAUCCUCUUGAAGAGUUUGUGAAAGAGAAUCAACAAGAAGAGGCCCGCUGUUUGGAAGAGGUGGAAGACUUGAUUGUGAAAUACAGGAAAAAGAAGAAGACUGUGGCAGGGAUUGUUGUAGAGCCCAUCCAGUCAGAGGGUGGGGACAACCAUGCAUCUGAUGAUUUCUUUAGGAAGCUGAGAGACAUUGCUAGGAAGCAUGGAUGUGCCUUUUUAGUGGAUGAAGUACAGACUGGAGGGGGAUGUACUGGCAAAUUCUGGGCCCAUGAACACUGGGGAUUAGAUGAUCCAGCCGAUGUAAUGACCUUCAGCAAGAAGAUGAUGACAGGAGGAUUUUUUCAUAAGGAAGAAUUCAGGCCCAAUGCUCCUUUCCGGAUUUUCAAUACUUGGCUUGGAGACCCUUCUAAGAAUCUACUGAUCGCUGAAGUCAUCAAUGUCAUUAAGAGAGAGGACCUCCUCAGUAAUGUUACUCAUGCAGGGAAGGCACUAUUGACAGGACUGAUGGACUUACAGGCCCGAUACCCACAUCUCAUCAGCAGAGCAAGAGGUAGAGGAACAUUCUGCUCUUUUGAUGCUCCAGAUGAAACUACAAGGAACAAGUUAAUUUUAACAGCCAGAAACAAAGGUGUAGUACUGGGAGGCUGUGGUGAUAGAUCUAUCCGUUUCCGCCCAACAUUGGUCUUCAGGGAUCACCAUGCACAUCUUUUCCUCAACAUUUUUAGUGACAUCUUAGCAGACUUCAAGUAAAGGAUUGUUUUUCCAUUGCACUGAGGUGGUCUCAAUCUCCACAACUGUCAAAUUGAUUAGUUUGCCUAUUUCAUAUUUUCACUUAAAAGUACCAAAAGAUGAAUCCAUAAACUGGAGGGCUGUUUUUUGUUUGGUUGGGUUGGGUUGGGUUAUAUGGAUGGGUGGGGUGUAUUAGGUGGUUUGGGGAGAUAGAAGGAAGAAGAGGGGAUUGGUUUGGGUCUUCUUUCCAACUAAGCCCAUAUCACAUGCUGAUUUCAACAGUGCCCUGGACACAGGCAGUCUUUGGGUGGAGGCUGCCAUUACCUUGCCUAAAUUUUUCUUAAAGCCAGACAUGAGACCUGUGCAUGGGCCUGGGAGUUAGAAAACCCCUGAGUUUCAGGUCUGGUGUCAUAUCCCUUCAGUGGCCAGUUUGUCUAAUUUCCUCCCUAUGCAAAAUAAAAUAAAAUGGUAUUACUCUAGUCCAGCCCUACAGGGGACAUAGGAAGAUUCCUUGAAGUACAGAACUAAGGGAUAAAAUUGUAUUUCAACUGCAAAGUGAUGAGGUCAGGUCAAGAGAGAGUGGAAAUAGGGGACUGCUGGCCCUCUUAGAAAUGUCAGUUCACUACCAGAUGUGACCUGGCCCCCAGGGGACUUCCUCUGGCUGGCUUGAUAGUCAGCUUUUAUUUUAUCUUUCCAGUAAAUUUGUCUCCGGUGGAGGGGCAAGUGCUUGGGUCUUGCCAAAAAGUCUGCAUCAGAGGCCAGGGAAGGUCCUAGGUAUGACUAGGAGCUUGAGAAAGAGAAAAGAAGAUGAGAAGGGAAGGAGCAAAGGAAACAUUAUUGCUGCCUUGGACUUCAGACAGACUCCCAUUUCCAUAUACAUGACACUCCAAUUGCUUGUUCAUGAUGUUGAAUGUCAUAUAAUGCAUCCAUACACAGGAAUCUCCAUCUCUAAGUUCCCACAGGGAUACAAGGGAAGGAUCUGAAGCACAAUUCUGCAGCCUCACUCCUGGGAAGGCAACACUUGGAAACAGGGGCCACAGAAUAACUUAGUCCUCUUGCCUCUGAUACACUCUGUAACAUUAGAGGUCUUUCCCCCCCAUUCCCACCCCAGAUCUUUUCCCACACCCAUGAAAACAUUACUCUUUGUCUACCUGCUGUUUCUCAACAUCUGCUUCAUUUCUGAGGAGCUCUGUGAAAAGCAUAGCUGUUAUGCAGAGUAAGUCUGUUUGCUUGACUAGAUUCUUCUUGAGGGAAGCAUUCACAUUAAAGAGAUUUACUGAUUAAUGUGCAAAAGCUGUAAAUGUGGAAUGUUAACCUGUUAAUUGCUGAUUUGUUUUGGGUGGCUUCAUUGUGUUGCUAUUCAAAAUUCUCAAUAUUUUUUCUUAGAAUGUAGAUUAUGCUAAUAUUCAUUUUCUUUCUCUUACAUAAUUGGAUGGUGCCCGAGAUUAAUUUAGCAUUAUUUUAAUUUGAAAACAAUUUGAACUGACUAGCUCUAGAUGGUGAUUAUAAUCCUAAACACUGAUCAACCGGAAGCACAAAACCCAGAGUUAAUGGUCUCUUCUAUCCCUAUCAUUUGUUAACUGUGAGCUAAUCAUUUCAUUUUCUGGUGCAUCCAUUUAACAUUAUGUAAAAUGGGCAUGAUAAAGGCUAAGCACUUGGCCCUUUUGUAACAUUUCAAGCAAAGAUCUCAAAAUAUCAUUAAAGUUUCUAGAGACCAGCAGACAUCCAUAUAAAUCUUUUUGAAGAAGUGUGAAUGUUGGCUAUUAUCUAUAACCAGAAUUAGCAAAUUCAGAAAUUAUACCUGCUGGCAUUUUUAUCCUUAAGGCUGUUUAGAUUUUUUUUUAAGUAUAAAAAUUCUGCCUUAAUGAGAGCCAUUGUCACUCAUACAAAAAAAGAGAAUGUCUGACUUCCUUCCUUACCUUUUGCAUUUAAUACUAGGGGACCCAGGCUCAGCCAAUAGUUUCAUAUGCUGAUAUCUCUAAUAAAGGCAUAUUGAACUAUAUCUAUAAACAAAAACACAAUUCAUGAAUUUGCUAAGUGUUCUUCCCUACUAUGAACUUUAGCCAACUUUUAGCCAUAAAUGAAAUAUUUUAGUGAAUGAAGUUGUAGAACUCUCUCAAAGGCUUUCUUAGCCAGGAUUUAAAUGAUAAUUUCAUUUUCUUGGGUGAGGAGACUGGGUUCAAUUUUAUGCUGUCUUCUCUCUAGGGGUUGACCUGGGAAUGUAAUUAUUUCACCUACAAAGUAGUUUCCUUGGGUAUUAUUCAUUCAUUACCAAGGAAAGUUCCUUCUAGCAUGUUUUUAAAUGCUUCUUUAACAGGUGUAUGUUGACCCAAGGCAUAAUGGAUACCCUGGAAAGUCCAAUGAGGAAAAAUAGCUUGUAAAAGCUAGAGGAAAAUAAUUUUAUAAUCAAAGAUUUAAAACUCAUAAAACACAAAGGAUUGUGAUGUAAUAAACAGGAAGUUUCAACAAACCUGUUGUACAGUAGACCUAGCAGGCAUGCUAUCAUUAAGGGCAGAUCAAUUGAGGAAGACCUUCAUUGGCCAACAACUGGAAAUUAGUUCGUGAAACAUAUCAAUUUAGUAGAUUUUAGUAAAUGUCUCUAGCAAGUCAUGUACUUUUACAGAAAACAAGGUCCAGUAAUAUCGAGUCCUAUUCACAUCCUCACUUUUAUUAUAAAUGGGUGUUUUUUUUAUAAUUUUUACUGACACUCAGUAACCAUGUAAAAUUGUGCAAAACAUAUAUAUAUAAACAUAUGUGUAUAUAUAUAUAUUUAUCAGCUCAUGAUAGACAACUUAAUAGAGAGCACUGCAUACCUAAGCAUAAGAAGUAAUUUUGUUUACAGUGUUCUGUGGACAUUGCCAAAUAAAUGUCAAAGAAACUAACUACACUUCCCAAUGUAACUGCUAACCAUGUACACAAUUCCAUGAAUUAAAUCCAUUUCCUGUGUUAAUCAAUAUUCUUAAAUAAAAUAUUUAUAACUGAA